CCUCCUUCAGAUCAUGAUUUUAAUAUAGGUUCAGAAAUAAUGGAUGAUAAUAUGAUAUUACAAAUUUUAAAAAAAACUUUACAUCCUAUCCAUUCAUUCAAACUAAGGUUACAAAGUUUGAAUUAUUUCACUCAUGGAAAAAAAAGCUCUACUGUUUGGUUGCAACCUGAAACUAAUCCCGAGGAUGCUUUGAUUGAAUUAGAGAAUAGAUUAAUUGGAAGAUCUAUUUUAGGUAAUGAUGAAAAUAAUGAAAAAAAUGAUACUGAUGAAAAUUACGGAUUUCCAGAAUUUGAUGAUUUGAUAAAAAUUGGAAACGAAGGAUUUAGACCACACUUAUCGCUAGGACAAUUUCGUGGUGAGAAAUCAUUACAAGGGGCUAUAAAAAAAUUUUCUUUGAUAUUUUCUCAAGACCCUCUAAUUGAAUUUGAUGUAACUGAAAUCUGUUGGAUCGUUCGCAAAGGAUUUCAUGAUCCAUUUGAAAUUAAAGCUAGAAUUGGAUUUGGAAGUGAUAGUGAAGUUGUUAUAAAACAAUAA